UCAACGCGAUGCGCUAGCCGCAGCGGUGAUCGAUGGUCCAUGGAGUUCCGUGUGUGUAAGACGGAGAAAGAAACGCCGGCUGUAUUUAAUUUUUGAAGGAAUUUGAAGAGAAAUCGGAAGCGAAAUGUCGAGAUCUCAGACAGAGAAAGACAGGAAAUCUCAGGAGAAAUACCAGGCAGUAUUGGCAAGAUUACUACGAGAAGAAGACAAUAAAUCCUGCGUUGACUGUCUAGCAAAAGGGCCAAGAUGGGCAUCGUGGAACCUUGGCUUGUUCCUGUGCAUACGAUGUGCUGGCAUCCAUCGCAACCUUGGCGUUCACAUAUCCAAAGUCAAAUCAGUCAAUCUGGAUUCUUGGACAGAGGAACAAAUAAUGUACAUGGAGACUAUUGGAAACGCACUUGCCAGGAAAUACUAUGAAUGCAAUCUCCCUGCAGAGUUCCGAAGACCACAGACAGACUCCCCAGUAGAACAGUUUAUCAGGAACAAGUACGAGCACAAGAAGUAUGUUGACAAGACCAUGCAGCCGCCAAAACCAUCUACAUCUCGGGUGAAGAAGGAAAGCAACAAAGAGAACCGAGAUGGGGACAAGGAGAAAAGGAGAGCAAAGAAACAAGAGAAGAAUAACAUUGCCCUUCCAAGACCAUCAGAUAAUACUCCAGCAGUCAAGAAGCAACAAGCUCCACCGGCACAAACCCUCGCUGCCCAGGCAGCUACCAUCACAGCAGUGCAGAGCGCCCCCACACUCUCUGCUGCCCCUACGAGUUCCACAGUAGCUCCUGCUGCCAAGUCUUCAAGUGCUGUUGAUCUCUUUGGACUAGAUACUCCUACAGCACCGAUGGGUAACGGUGAUCUUCUUGGCCUGAACACACCCGAGAAACCAAUCCAGAGCCAGAUCUCCCCUGCGCACAGUGCGAACGCCCCGGCACCUGAACCAGUCAUUGAGGAGUCCCUCUUCGGCACAGAAGACACCUCCAAGUCAGCGUCGUCCAAGACGUCCAAAGAAUCAAUCCUGGCACUCUACGGGUCAUCAAGUCAGAGCCAACAGAAUUAUGGUGUUCCAGGAGGUGUGUACAUUCCAUCGCAACAACCAAACCAAGUGAUGAAUGGUGGUAUGCCAGCAACUCAGGGAGGUGUACCGCAGCAACAACCCAAUGCAGGGUUCCCGCCGCAAAACAGCUACAACAUGGGCAUGAUGGGUGGUGUACAGCCGAUGCCAGGGCAGAACGUGAUGGGCAUGUACAACCCACAGCAAGCCCAUUUACAACAGCAACACCAGCAACAAGCUAUGUUUCUACAGCAACAACAGCAGCAGCAACAACAACAAGCACAGGCUCAAGCUCUACAACAGCAGCAGCAGCAGUAUCAAUGGGAGCAGAUGCAGCUCAUGCAUAUGCAACAGAUGCAAAUGCAGCAGCAGUACGAUAUGAUGCACCAGGUCCAAGCACAAAUGCAGAACAUGAGGGUGGGCGGGGCUCCAGGAACAAUGCCUCAGCAGCAGCAGCAGCCCGGUGGAUGGGGCAUGCCCAGCAAUAACCCUCCCCAGCCAGCUACGGGAGGAAUGCAUGGUGGCUUCGCCGGUGCACAGCAACCCAUGGUCGGAGCGGGCGGAGCCGGGGCUGGAUGGGGCGCCACCGGCAUGUCAUCAGGACAGACGCUGAGCAGUAACUUAUGGAAAUGAUGAUAGCGGGUGUGCGCUUGGUCAGCGACAUAGUGUGUGUAUGUAUGUAGGUUUUACGAUAGAGCUUGGAUACGCCCCCUGCUGCUCUGUUGUAUGAGCAUGUUGAGAGUGGAAACUCUGUCUACCAUCGCCCUUGUGACCAUCAAAUUAACCUUGCCCUAUAUGGAUACAGUAGGCAGCAAAGAAUGAGUUAAACCGUUUACUACUUUAUCCUGCAUUUUUAUAAGCUUUGUAGAGGGACCAUCCUGUUCUGGUAGAAGACAGGUUAACCCGUUGACUACUGAGUCCUGCAUUUCUUAGAACUUUCCUAUAGGGACCAUCGGACCAGUAGAAAACGGGUUGACCUUUUGACUACUGAUUCCUACAUUUCCUGUAAGCUUUGUUCAGGUACCAUCUGAUUCCAGUAAAAAACUACUGAAUCCUGUGUUUCCUAUAAGCUUUGUAAAGGAACCAUCUGGUUCCAGUUGAAAACAGGUUAACCUGGUAACUACUGAAUCCUGCUUUUCCUAAAAGCUUUGUACAGGAACCACCUGGUCCAGUAGAAAACAGGUUGACUUGCUGACUACUGAUUCCUGCCUUUCCUAUAAGCUUUGUACAGGAACCACCUGGUUCCAGUUUAAAACAGGUUAACCUGGUAACUACUGAAUCCUGUGUUUCAUAUAAGCUUUUUACAGGAACCGUCUGGUUCCAGUAGACCAUAGGUGAACAUAUCCUCAUAGUUGCAUGUUCUUGGGCAGGUUUGAUUGCGAUGUCGUAGAGAACACAUGUUUACACAUUCCUUUGAUAGUAAACUACUUUGAAAUACCAAAUGCCAUGACAAACAGCAUAAUUCAUUUUUAUUCCUACUCAGAAGUCGGUCAUACGCAGCUACCCAAAGCCAAUUUAAUGCGCUAUCAUUUUACUGCAUAAUCCUGAUUUACAGUGUAGGGUAAAAAUAAAUUAUUGGGGUUUACCAUGACCUAGCUUUUUUAAUGCAGUUUACCUCGUCAUGAUCGGGUAAGGCGGAAAGCUUUGCAUGUUUGGAUGAACACCAAGACACUUUUGAGGCCAUUUUACGAAUAUUAUAUGAGUACUAUAACUGCUGGAAAGAACAGUGUGACACAGUGUGUUCAUAAAGUGCACAUAAAGAUGCACAUACGGCCAGAAGGCGGGUUGACGUGUUUGCAUAUGCUCACAAUUUUUUAUUGUCAGACCGGAUUGAGUAAAAAAUGACAGCUUGACCACUGAACUAGAAAUCGGUAUAAUAGCAAACAAUAGCUAUUGCUAAACAGACAAUAGAAAAUGUUGAUUUGAAAAGACAGGCACACGUGUCUCUUAAAAAGUUGUCAUGGAUAAAGAAUCUCAAAACGGGUUUCAGUUUACUUCUGGUGUGUGUGUAUACGCACCAAAUUGCAGGCUGGAGGCCGGUGUCGGAGGCGGUUUCCAACCCAACGCAUAUGUAUCUUGGGCCUAUGUGAAGAUGUGAUACACAUGGGGCUCGGAAACGGGGCUGCCUGCACUUUUUCCC